UGAUCUUUCAGUUUUCAACAACACACGAAAUAAAAGGUUGCCAUGAAUUUAAGUUAAAGCAAAAUCUCCGGUUUUCACGCAGCAAAACGAUUUGUCGCCUUCCUUUUUCGUACCCUUGUGUCGUGUGAUAGUGUUGUGAGUGACAGAGUGACUGAAUUGGAUAAAUCUAACCAGAAACCUCCAUAAAACCAUGUACGUUAUGUGAUUUCUAGACUCACCAUAAUGGCCGGUAAUGUUUGCCGGGACAAAACGGAGAUCAUCCAACGUUCGUGUCAUGCAGAUAUUCCAUGAGUUAAAAGCACAAUUCCCUACCAUUCCCGACCACAUCCUUACCUCCUGUAUUACGUCCUAUGUCAGCUCAAAUUCCAAAGAAAAUCUCUACGAUCUACUAGCCAUACACCAAAAUCAGAUGGGACGUGCUUCACUUCAGCUAGAAACAUCCCCUUUCGUCCCAACCCCCACAACGGAACAUCACCCAAUCGAGCUCGAAGAGGCCACCACGCCGGACUCAGAAGGCAGCCGCGGAGACUUCGAACGACUCCGAAUCGGCGAUAUGAACGACAGUGUGAGUGACAACAACCACAAUAUAGUGAAAAAAGGUGACGCGCACAGUGAUAACAAAUUCGCAGCGAAACGCGCAGACAGCGUAACGGCCAAACGACCCAACACGCUAAACAUCAAACCAUCGGGCGCGAACGACAAAGAACGAAAGCUCCAAUUAUCGGGAAAAUGUCCUGACGUGCACAAGUUACUCAAUUCGCCGGUACUGGCUGACAAACCGCCUCGAUCACCCGUCGGUGCGAAACGAUUUUCCGUUAAGACACCCUCAAAGACCAGUUCCCCCACCUCAAUCGUCCCGCUCAAAAAAGAAACGGUUUCCACACCGACCCAAACGACUGACACAUUAGUUAAUAACGCGGUUAGCCCUCAAGUCAAUUUGUCCUUGAACGUAAACUGUCAAAUGGGAUUGGUACAGAGCCCCACCACCAAACCGAAAUGUACCGCGAACGUGGAACUGACCCCUACGCAGCCCUGGUUGAGCUCCAAUCCCUUCCUGAACGAUCCCGCUACCUCGCCGCGGAGUUAUACCAGUGUGAGCUUGACUUUAAGGCCGCCCUCGGCCAUUCCGCAGGAUCCCAUAGACAUUACUUCGCAGAAUUCGAGUCUGACAUAUUCAACGAGUAGUUUCGAUAAGCAAAAGGGGUUGCAAAGUAGGCUUCAAAUUACCGUAGGACCUGGGAAUGCGAGUAGCGUAUCAUCUAUCAGGACGAGGCCGAGGAGUUUUCAUAUGGCGGAGAGUCCUACCGAGACUGCGCCAGUGAGGGCUGCUGGUUCCCUUAAUGAUUUAGCUGUAGUUACUUCCGAACCUCCAACGUUAUUUAAACAACAAGCUCGGAUAGAUAGAAUGCGAAUAGAACUGACAACAGCAAAUGCAAAAUUAGUGAUACUUAGACAAGAAGUAAAUGAAUUGGAACAAAAUACGUUGCAGGUUGCACGAAGAAAAACCGAGGAAGAAUUGGAAAAGCAAUUAAAACUAGAAAUUAAACACAUGACAGUUCAAUGUGAACAAUUAGCUGAAUUAUUUGCUGACAAAGAGUUUUACAACAACAUCUACACGGGACCAACGGGUCCACUGCUGACGCUCCCCCCCUCCCCCCAAUUUUCACGGCGCCCGCCGCCCCGACGGCCACCGCCCAACCGACUGUUGUACCAAGCGCCGGCCCUACCCUUCCAGGAAGUGGAAGACCCCAAAUGGAACUGUUCCGUUUGCACAUUCCUAAACCAUCCCGACCUGGACAAAUGCGAACAGUGCGAGAUGCCUCGGAUCUAUCACGGUAGGAGCAAUCCCGGUUUGACGUUGGACGCGCUACGAAACAUACCUAACCCCGCCGACUUCGACGUUGACUUUGACAUGUUCCGGAAGUCGGCCAGCGCUCUCCAGAAAACGGUCAACAGACAACCGGUGGCCGGCGGCUUGCCAGUUUUAAGGCCCAGCAAUUCGAUGCCCGCGGGCGAUAUGAUUCGAAGACUGCAGCUUAACAAUAACAAUAACAGCUCUAAAGACAAUAACCGCUUUGCCGUAGUUCCUAGCGUGUCCGCGCCUAGCGUUAUUGCGUUCUCCGCUAACCAAGACAUUAACUCCAGCAGCGAUGCUUAACAUUUUACUUUAACAUAGUGAACGUUUGAAACGUGUGUUGUGAAAAUAUCUAGUGUCGUUCGUUUGCUUAACACUUUUUUGUGGCAAUUAAAGAAAUUAUAGAUUAGUUUAUAAUUUAUCUCUCCAAAAAAAGUUCUAUGGGGAUUUCGCUACUGCAAAGGCGCAUUCUCACGACUCGUGUAAUUGACAGACAUUUGCAAUGGGUAUAUAGGGUAUACACGGUGCGUCGGGCAUCUAUACAGAAAGAUAUUUAUUAUAAGAACUAUACCGCACUCCCGUCAGACGCUGUAGGCCAAUAAAAAAAUACUUGCCAAGUACACGAGUCGUGAGAACGCGCCAUAAUGCUGGAAGAACACACUCGCCGAGGCGACCCGAGGCGCGACAAAAAAAUUAACAAUAUAUACAUUGUUAUUGGCUAGGACCGUCCUUUUUUGUCGCGCCUCGGGUCGCCUCGGCGAGUGUAUUUCUACCAGCAUAAGAAAAUCUACAAAAUAAAAUUGUUAUUUUUUUUAAAACUGCUGCGUUAAUCCAACCGAGACUAAUUGUCUGCAGUGGUUUACUAA